AUGGAAUCCGAUCCUGUGGCUGCAUCGGCCUCUAAUUCAGCAUCAACCACCACCCCCUCCAAUCCAGCAUCAACCACCACCCCCUCCAGCCUCUCCGACCACCCGUUCCUCCAGCCCGCGCUGCAUCUCCAGAUCGGCAUCGGCCCAGCCAUAGCCAUCGGCUCCCUGUCGCGCGGCAACCCGCUGACCGUGGUGCCGCUGACGACGGGCACGCUGGCUUCCGAGCCUGACUUUCCUGUUCGUCUGGUUGCCAGGCUUCAGGGCCAAGGGACGGAUUAUGUCCAUAACGAUCCGGAUGGGGGUAGGAUGCGGCUGAAGAGUGAUCUUGUUUUUGUUGACCUACAUGGAGAGUCCAUCCAUGUCCAUUAUACCGGCAUUGUGGACAUUACGACCGAAGUGCGCCGCAUCCUCGGCCGCAGUGCAAACGCGAGGUCCACCGACUUCGUCAUCCAGGUAUCCUUCGAAACGGGCUCGAUGCGAUAUAAGUCACUAGAACAGGCCUUGUUUGUCGGCGCAGGGAGAUUCGUCAUCAAGGACGGUGCGCUGAGCGUCGAAUAUCGCAUUAGUAAAGUCUGUAAGGGCGAAGCGUCUGCACAAGAGGAAGACGCUCCAAGUUAA